AUGGCAGCCGUGAGAGGUUUUAAUAUCGUCCACGCCCUUUUCUUAGUUCUUGCUUGGGAGUGUUGUGCGAGAUUGGGUGCCACUUUCAACGAUGUCACCGGUGUUAUAGGUAAAGGCCGAAACCAUCGGUUUUCUUUCCGUUCAUUUGGUGAUCAUCAUAUUGGAAUCUCGAAAUUUGACCAUACCGCCAUCCAGAGUCCAGAAGUCAGUGUCGACGACAAAGCUUCGUCUUUUCGUAAUGAAAUUAAGAAAGACGGCGCGGGAUUUGUUGGUCGUGAAGUACCAAAGAUCAAUGGUGGCGGUGGGUUUUCUAAGGGUCAUGAAAUUAUUAGGAAGAGGGGUGGAAACAUUGUUUAUUCUUAUGGUGGAAAAAUUCUUCCUGUUGGUUUGAAGAGAAGUGGUAUUGGUGGAGAAACCAGCUCCAAGGAGCUGGGAGCUGAUGUUUUGGAUGGCGGCAACAUUCGUUUGAAGAGUAGUGACAAUGUUGUUGGUUCUCAUGGUGGAGACGGCAGCUCCAAGGAUCUGGGAGCUGCUGAUUUAGAUGGUGGAAAGAUUGAUUUGAAGAGUAGUGGCAAUGAUGUGGGUUCUCAUAGCGGAGAAAUCAGCUCCAAAAAUCUGGGAGCUGCCCGUUUGGAUGGUGGACGACACAUCAGCUCCAAUAAUCUGGGAGCUGCCCGUUUGGAUGGUGGACGACACAUCAGCUCCAAUAAUCUGGGAGCUGCCCGUUCGGGUGGUGGACGACACAUCAGCUCCAAUAAUCUGGGAGCUGCCCGUUCGGGUGGUGGACGACACAUCAGCUCCAAUAAUCUGGGAGCUGCCCGUUCGGGUGGUGGACGACACAUCAGCUCCAAUAAUCUGGGAGCUGCCCGUUCGGGUGGUGGACGACACAUCAGCUCCAAUAAUCUGGGAGCUGCCCAUUCGGGUGGUGGACGACACAUCAGCUCCAAUAAUCUGGGAGCUGCCCGUUCGGGUGGUGGACGAUACAUCAGCUCCAAUAAUCUGAGAGCUGCCCACAUCAGCUCCAGUAAUCUGAGAGCUGCCCGUUCGGAUGGUGGACACAUCAGCUCCAAUAAUCUGAGAGCUGCCCGUUUGGAUGGUGGACGACACAUCAGCUCCAAUAAUCUGGGAGCUGCCCGUUCUGAUGGUGGACGACACAUCAGCUCUAAUAAUCUGGGAGCUGCCCGUUCUGAUGGUGGACGACACAUCAGCUUCAAUAAUCUGGGAGCUGCCCGUUCGGAUGGUGGAGGAAUCAGCUCCAAUAAUCUGAGAGCUGCCCGUUCGGAUGGUGGAGGAAUCAGCUCCAAUGAUCUGGGAGCUGCCCGUUCGGAUGGUGGACACAUCAGCUCCAAUGAUCUGGGAGCUGCCCGUUCGGAUGGUGGACACAUUAGCUUCAAGAGUAGUGUUAAUAUUGUUGGCUUUUAUAGUGGAGAAAUCAGCCCCAAUGAACUGGGAGCUGCUGUUUCAGAUGGUGGAAUCAUCAACUCCAAUGAUCUGGGAGCUGCUGAUUCGGAUGGUGUCAGCUCUCAUAGUGAAGAAAUCAGGUCCAAUGAACUGGGAGCUGCUGUUUCGGAUGGUGGCAACGUUAGUUUAAAUAACAGUGGCAAUAUUGUUGCUCCUCGUAGUGGAGAAUUCAGUUCGAAGAACAGCGACAGUGUUGUCUCAAAUGGUGGUAAAAUUGGUUUGAUGUUGGCUGGCAAUGUUGAGUCUCAUGGCCUUGCAACUACGACCAGUAAUGGCACUGUGGCUGCUACUCAUUGA